AUGCUUUCUUUAAACAUCGAUGGUACAGUGGGAAAUCAUGCCAGUGCAAACGCAGUGGAAGCAACGGACCUAGCAGAACCUGUGACUUUUCAAGACGCGAUCAAUGGUCCUGAUCAAGCUCACUGGCGAAAUGCUGUGAAGGCGGAACUCAAGUCGAUGCAACUUCGUGGAGUUUUCCGUGCGGCAAAACUGCCAAGAGGCCAAGGCGCGAUCGGCACCAAGUGGGUGUUCAAUAUCAAGCGCAAAGCAGAUGGAUCGGUCGAGAAAUUCAAGGCGCGUCUCGUUGUCAAGGGCUUCAAGCAGAAGUACGGCAUCGACUACACAGAGACGUUCUCGCCCGUGGUCAAGUACGUGACACUGCGUAUGGUGAUCGCGAUCACCAAGUAUUUCGACUGGCCACUGGACCAACUCGAUGUGGUGACAGCCCUUUCUCUACGGAGUGAUGAAGGAGAAGGUGUACUGCGUGAUACCAGAAGGCGUCGAGAUGGAUGGCGACUUCGACUGUAUCGAGUUGUUGAAGGCGAUCUACGGUCUCAAGCAACCUUCACGUGUGUGGAACGAGACUUUCGACGAGUUCCUCGCUCAGAGUUGAUUGCGCAGACGAAGGCCGACCUCAAGACGCGUUUCGAGAUGACCGACAGUGGCAAGUGUACUUUUGUACUGGGCAUCGAACUGGUGGACGAAUCGGAUGGCAGCGUGACGAUGUGCCAGCGACGGUAUGUCAACGACAUCCUCAAGCGCUUCGGCAUGGAUGAGUGCAAGGCCACAGCAAGUCCGGUCGACUUGAGCACUCGGCUUGUCGCAAGCAGCGAAGCGGCCAAGAUCGACGUUCCAUUUCGUGAAGCUAAUCCACAGCAAGAACAUUGGACGGCGGUGAAGCGCAUCUUUCGUUACUUGCAAGGGACCAAGUCGCACGGACUCCGCUUCCAGCCAAGCGACAAGAUCGAUUUUCGUGGCUACUCGGACGCGGACUGGGCCGGCGACCACGCUGAUCGCAAGUCGACUUCGGGUUACACUUUCAUGCUGAUGGGUGCUCCUGUGAGUUGGGGAAGCAAGAAGCAGUCAAGCGUGUCACUGUCGACAAGUGAAGCGGAAUACAUCGCGCUAAGUCUGGCCAUACAGAAAGGCAAGUGGGUGCAUCGCCUGCUAUGCGAGAUUUUGGCGGCCGCAAACGAACCAGGACCGGACCUCGUCAUCCGUGAAGACAACCAGUCGUGUAUCAAGAUGACGAAGAACCCGGUGAACCAUGGCCGCGCCAAGCACAUCGACAUCAAGUACCAUCACAUCCGUGAUGAGGUCAAGCGCGGUGAAGUGCAGCUCGAGUAUUGCGAGACUUCCGUGAUGAUGGCUGACAUCAUGACCAAAGGACUUUGUGGACCUCGUCACAAGGACUUGACGACGGCUCUCGGCAUUCGUGCGAGUUCGGAUUGA